GUUGGUGGGAGGUGCCGCGCGCGUGCGCGCGGAAGACGGAGGAGAAGGAGGAGGAGGAGAAAGAUGGCGGCGGGUCCUGUCAGCGGCGCGGCGCCCGAGCCGCUGAGGAAGCGGGAGCAGAGCGACGCGUUCCUCGCCGCCUUCGGACGGGAGCGGGCGGCCGUGGAGCGGCUCCUGCAGCGGGAGGGGGAGGACGAGGAGGGAGGCCCGGUUUCCCCUCAGGGCCUGUCCGAGGCGUCGUCCCGCCUGCAGGGCCUGCGGAAGAUGCUCACCGACGCCGUCCUCUUCCUCCCGGCCUACGACGUCCGGCAGGGCCAGGAGUCGCUGCAGCGGCUGCAGGAGGCCCUGGCCCGGCGCCGCCGGGAGCUGCAGCCCCCGAAGCGCUUCGCCUUCAAGGCCCGGAGGAAGGAGGGGGCUCCGGUCCCGGAGCCGGUCCCCGACAAGGGGGUCGCCCCCGCCGAGCGGCCCCAGCCCGCCCCGGCCCCCGGUUUCAGCGACCGGCACGGGGAGGUGCUGGAGCGGUCGGCGCCCGAGCUGCGGCAGCGGGACGUGCUGCUCAGCGACCUCACCGACUGCACCGUCAGGUUGCGGGGCAACCCCAACACCCUGCGGCUGGCCCGGGCCCGCCGCUGCACCGUCCUCUGCGGGCCCGUGACCACCUCCGUGGUCCUGGAGGGCUGCGCCGACUGCCUCCUGGCCGUGGCCUGCCAGCAGCUCCGCGCCCACGACACCCGCGACACCCGCGUGUACCUGCAGGUGACCAGCCGGGCCGUCGUCGAGGACUGCAGCGGGCUGCGCCUGGCCCCCUACGCCUGGACCUACCCGGGCCUGGACGACGACUUCGCCGGCUCCGGCCUCGACAGGGACGCGAACAACUGGACGCAGGUGGACGACUUCAACUGGCUGGUCCAGGGGGAGCCCUCGCCCAACUGGAGCGUCCUGCCCGAAGACGAGAGGAUCACCCAGUGGAACUGAGCGUCCCGCCGCCGUGGGGCCGAAAGAAGCUCCGUCCAGUCGCCGCUUCAUUUGCCUUUUCUAACAACCCCUCGCCGCCC